AUGAACUACUUUUACGUAGGUCACUUGUUUACUUCCUAAAAAAUUGAGCUACUGCUUGUCAAACAAGAAACCAAUGGUAAUUGCAAGCAAGAGAGACCAAAAGAAAGCUGAUAAGGACUGGAAAGUCUGCAUUUCAGGGUGCCACAGAUAGAUACAUAGAAGCUACAGUAGAAUACACACACGCACAGUGUCUCAAACAACAUUAACAGUGGCAGACAUGGCACAGGAUGGUAGCAUGCAGCAGCAACAACAGCAGCAGCAGCCACAACAAGGAAGCACUGAUGGACAGUCUGGUAACAACCAACAGCAGCAGGAACAGCAGCAGCAACAGCAGCAGCAACAACAACAGGAUACUGAAGAGACAGAGAAACCUGGUGCACAACAGCCUGUAGAGCAUGAUGAAACAGGGAAUGGGGAUGCCCCAGUUGAGCUGGCAGAGGGAGAGGAGCCCGACUUCCCAAUAGCUGAGCUGGCCCGCCUGGAUGAGAUGAUCAAUCGUCCGCGCUGGGUGGUACCCGUCCUGCCCAAGGGGGAGCUGGAGGUCCUCUUGGAGGCUGCCUUGGACCUGUGCAAGAAGGAGCUGGACACGAGAAGCGAGGCCUGCCAGAGGUUCUUCAGGGAAGGCCUGACCAUCUCUUUCACCAAGAUCCUCACUGAUGACGCUGUCAGUGGAUGGAAAUAUGAAAUACAUAAAUGCAUCAUGAAGAACUCAGAGCGUCUGGUUGAGCUGUGUGUUAGCAAACUGGCACAGGACUGGUUCCCUCUCUUAGAGCUACUAGCCAUGGCUCUGAACCCUACUUCUAAGUUUCAUGUGUAUAACAGCACAAGACAAUCUGAGUCAGUUCCUGCUGGGUCCACACCAGCUGAGGAUGAGCUGUAUGCUAGGCCUCCAGAUCCAAGAACUCCCAGGGGCUGGUUGGUUGAUCUGGUCAACAAAUUUGGGCAGUUGAAUGGAUUUCAAAUCCUGCUAGAUAGAUUUACUAAAGGUCCUCAACUGACAGUACCUGUGAUUGCUGCUUUGAUAAGGCCAUUUGGACUGUGUUUUGAAGUCCUCACCCCACAGACAGUAGAGAAGUAUUUCAUGCCUGUUGUGGAAAUUGUCCCAAAGUUCUUAGAAAAUCUAACAGAUGAAGAAUUGAAAAAGGAAUCUAAAUCAGAAGCCAAAAAUGAUGCUUUGUCAGGGAUUAUCAAGGCUUUGAAGUGUCUCAUGUCCAGGAUUCCCAACCAGGAAGAAACUGUCAAAAAUCUAGAGAUUUUCAGGUUAAAAAUGAUACUAAGGUUGCUGCAGAUCUCGUCUUUCAAUGGCAAGAUGAAUGCUCUGAAUGAAGUGAACAAGGUGAUCACUAGCGUAUCCUACUACACACACCGCCAUGCUCAGAUGGAGGAGGACGAGUGGCUCACAGCAGAAAAGAUGGCGGAGUGGAUUCAGGAGAACAAAGUUUUAGACAUAGUGUUGAGGGACAGCCUGCACCAGCCCCAGUAUGUGGAGAAACUGGAGAAGAUCCUUCGCUUCAUGAUCAAAGAGAAAGCUUUGACGCUGGAGGACUUGGACAAGUUAUGGGAGGCACAGGCUGGCAAACAUGAUGCCAUAGUGAAGAAUGUCCACGACUUACUGGCCAAGUUAGCCUGGGAUUUCUCCCCAGACCAGUUGGACCAUCUGUUUGAGUGCUUUCAGGGGAGCUGGGCACACGCCUCCAAGAAACAAAGAGAAAAGCUGCUGGAGCUGAUCCGCCGUCUGGCAGAGGACGACAAAGAGGGCGUCAUGGCAAACAAGGUGCUUGGCCUCCUCUGGAACCUUGCUCACAGCGAGGACGUCCCCACGGACAUCAUGGACCAGGCCCUGAAUGCCCACAUCAAGAUCCUAGACUAUAGCUGCUCGCAGGACAGAGAUGCACAGAAGAUGCAGUGGAUCACAGCCUUCGUGGAUGAGCUGAGGAAUGAUAAGUGGGUGCUCCCUGCCUUGAAGCAGAUCAGGGAGAUUUGUCAGUUGUUUACAGAGCAACCCCAGAAUUUCACUCACCCACAGAGGACGCCACAUGUCUUCUACAGGAACAAUGUGAUAGGCCAACUCCAGAACACUCACUCCAUAGUAAUGCUGGUGGCACAGAACCUCACUUUGUAUAUGAAGAAGGCCAGGGUUUAUGCUAAAGAGCACCCAGAAAUUCAACCUGAAGAUAUAUUACCAGAUGGACGUUUUAAUCAUAUACAGCAAGUACAAGAAAGGCUCAAGUUUUUAAGGUUUUUGUUAAAAGAUGGGCAGCUGUGGCUGUGUGAGCCCCAGGCCAAGCAGAUCUGGACCUGCUUAGCAGAGAAUGCCAUAUAUCUUAGUGAUAGAGAAGCCUGCUUCAAGUGGUUUUCUAAGUUAAUGGGCGAGGAGCCAGACCUUGACCCAGAAAUCACCAAAGAUUUUUUUGAGAACAAUAUACUUCAGUUAGAGCCCCCACUACUUACAGAGAAUGGAAUGAAUUGUUUUGAUAGGUUCUUCAAAGCGGUCAAUGCCAAAGAGUCUAAGCUAAUGGCCAAACGUCGCGGAGGUUAUGUGAUGGACGACAUAGAGUUAAUAGGACUGGAUUAUUUAUGGAGGGUAGUAAUAUAUGGCAGUGAAGAAGUAGCAGAGAAAGCCGUAGCCCUGAUGAGAGAAGUCUAUACAAACCUAGGUCCUCACCUCCAGUCUAGCCAGCUGGCGAUCCACGAGGACUUCCUGUCUAUUUGUCGAGACAGGAUGAAGGCCAUGUAUGACACGGUGACAGCGCUGCAGAAGGACAAGGACAGUGUCAAGGUGGACCAGGAGUCCACGCGGAUCAUCCGGGUUAUGACGUUAUUGAGGGAGUAUAUACAAGAGUGUGAUGACACACAUGGCGAGGAGAGGGCGAUUUUACCUUUGAAUAGGGCUUGUCGCGGCAAACACAUAGGUAUCGUAGUGAGGUUUCCCAAUCAUGGCCGCCAGGUUGACGACAUGGAGGUGUGGUCACAUACUAAUGACACGAUUGGCUCAGUGAGGAGGCAGGUGUUACACAGGCUAAAAGCCAACAGUAGUAACCUGAAGUUAGACCUGUAUGUCAAUGGAGAGAUUCUGGACCCCACUGAAGACAGGAGACUGGUGUCACAGGUCCCAAUUAGGGAUAAAACGUUAAUCACAGCCAAGUUGUCUCAGAUGGGGACCAACAUGCCGUCUAGUCCUGAUAGCAGUAGUGAUAGCUCCACAGGGUCUCCACACACAGCAUAUGAUGGGCCCAAUCUGGAGGCAGAGCAACUCUUACCUGGAGUGAUCAUGUGCCAUACUGCCCACUAUGUACAGUUCUUGUUUCAACUCUCCGACUUGGGAAGCAAUCUGCAGAUCCCCAAACUACGCGACAGCGCACGUGCGUUACUAAAGAUCAUCCCUCCUGACAAACACAGCGUGGACAGGUUACGUGGUAUCUGUGAUCAGCAUGCGAAGCACGGCGCAGCCUCUCUUGCUCCAACACUAGAGUCUGUGUUCUUCUGUCAGUCACCAACACAAGUCUUGUAUUAUCUGGAGGUGGCGUACACAUUACUGAUGCCAGCCUCCAAUCCACUGUCAGAGGAAGCGUUCCAGUUCCAGGUGGACUUUAUCAAGAGCGGGGGUGUGGCCGCCACGCUGAACAUGCUGACAAAGAACAACUUCUUGUCAAAUGCUGACUUGCCAACGAAAAGGUCUGCCUUCCUCCCCAUCCUGAAGAUCUGUAAACUCUUGCUGACCACAGUGGGACAUGCCAUUGUGGGCGUGGUGGCGGAGGCGUGUCAGUCGGACUCUCCCACACAGAUCACAGCCAGUGAACACAGUCACGCUGUACUCAUACAGACAGCUCUCCACCACAUGCCUAACCCUGGCUCAGAGUACAUGUUGAGGAAUGUGGCAGCCAGGCUUGGGGCUUUUCUGAAGGAAGAGGCUGUGGGUACGAAGCCAGACCUAACCACUAUCAAGGCCCUGCAGAAGAUUGCCUGGGCAGCGUCCAGUGGCUGUGUCCAGCUGGUCAGUGCAACCAGUGAGGACAUACAUAAGGCUCAUGAGAAGGCUGAUAGCAGUAAGCAGGACCCUGAAGAUAUCAGUGUGUGUAAGGAGUCUCUGGAGUGUCUUACCAUCUCCCUGGCUCUGUGUCCCUCUGCCCUGGAGACCCUCAGUAAGGACAAGGCAUGGCAGUGCUUUAUAGUGGACCUACUACUACUCAGCAAGAGCAGGUCUGUGCGUGCUGCCUCCUGUGAGCAGUUAUACCUGAUAGCCUCCAAGUGCAGCAGUGGACACAGACCCUUGGUCUUUUUUGUCACCCUGCUGUUCACAGUCUUACAGAGUCAUGCUAAGGACUAUGCCAAACAAGCGCAUGAUUAUUUCCAGCUUCUUUGUAGGUUGCUGAAUUAUGCUUACACCCAGGCCCAAGCUCCACUGCCAAAUGCUGAGGUAUUGUUGAAUAAUGAGAUCCAGUGGCUGAAGAGAGUUAGGGAUGAGGUGUUAAAAACAGGGGAGGUCCCAGUGGAAGAGGCUCUCCUUGAAGGUCAUCUGGGGGUCACCAAGGAACUGAUUGCCUUUCAGCCUGUAGAGAAGAAAUAUAAUAUAGGAGCUGAAAAGGGAGGGGCUAAUCUCAUCAAGGAAAUAGUAGAAGACUUCAUUUUCCCUGCCUCCAAGAUAGUACUCCAGGUGAGAAAGUUGAACGGGGAGCUUCCCUCAGAACAAGCCAUUCCUGUGUGCUCUACCCCCCAGACUGUGAUUGCCGCCUUUGACCUGCUGGUCGCGCUGUGUACGGGCUGCGUGCAAAACCUGCGAAUGCUUGCAGAGAUGCUCACGGACAUGUAUUACUCAGGCCAUGAACCAGCCCUGACAGAGUGGGAGUACCUGCCUCCAGUAGGGCCACGGCCAUACAAAGGUUUUGUAGGCUUGAAGAAUGCUGGAGCCACAUGUUAUAUGAACUCUGUACUACAACAGUUAUUUAUGAUCGACCCCAUUAGACGAGGCAUUCUGGCCGUAGAGGGCGCUGUGGAGGAGUUGGAGGAAGAGGAGACAGAAGAGAAGCAUGACAAUGAGGUCACAUACUACAAUCAGAGUAACCAAGAAAGCAAUGAGGAGGAGAGGAAGGACGAGGAGAAGUCCCCAUCUAACAAGGAAGAUGACCGUAAGAGCUACCACCUGGGUGUGUGUAGACAGGUCCAGAUGAUCUUUGGUCAUCUAGCCUGCAGCAAACUACAAUAUUAUGUGCCCAGAGGGUUCUGGAAACAUUUCAAGCUGUGGGGAGAACCAGUUAACCUACGAGAGCAGCAUGAUGCAUUAGAAUUUUUCAACAGUUUAGUAGACAGUUUAGAUGAAGCUCUGAAGACAGAGGGACACCCUCCUAUACUGUCCAAGGUGCUGGGAGGCUCAUUUGCUGACCAGAAGAUCUGCAAAGAUUGUCCACAUAGGUAUUCUCGUGAGGAGUCGUUCACCACACUCAAUGUAGACAUUCGCAACCACACCAACUUACUGGAGUCCCUGGAGCAGUAUGUGAAGGGGGACCUGCUGGAGGGUGCCAAUGCCUACCACUGUGAAAAGUGUAAUAAAAAGGUUGACACUGUCAAGAGGCUGUGCAUUAAAAAACUACCCAGUAUAUUAGCCAUUCAGCUCAAACGGUUUGACUAUGACUGGGAGAGGGAAUGUGCAAUCAAGUUUAAUGAUUACUUUGAGUUCCCAAGGGAGUUUGACAUGGAUCCCUUCACAGUACUGGGGCUGGCAAAGAUAGAAGGUGAAAUGAUAGAGGAGGACAUCACAGACCUGACCAAGACACAGUGUACAAAGUACAGACUGAUUGGGGUGGUGGUCCACAGUGGACAGGCCAGUGGUGGUCACUACUACUCAUAUAUAUUACACAGGGCUGGCUCAGAGCAGGCUAAAUGGUACAAGUUUGAUGAUGGAGAGGUGACAGAGUGCAAGAUGGAGGAUGAUGAGGAAAUGAAGAACCAGUGUUUUGGUGGGGAAUAUCUGGGUGAAGUGUUUGACCACAUGUUGAAGAGAAUGUCAUAUAGGAGACAGAAGAGAUGGUGGAAUGCCUACAUAUUGAUAUAUGAGAGGAUGGACAUAUCAUAUACCUCCCACACUGACUUUGACAUGAGCAAGAGCAUGCAGGAUUUAACCAUAGAAAACAAGACCAACCAAGUGACCAUGCCUACUGCAAUAGAGCGGUGUGUAAGGAAACAGAAUAUCCAGUUCAUGCACAACAAGAACCAGUUCUGUGUGGAGUAUUUCCAGUUCAUGAAGAAACUGCUCACCUGUAACCACUUGUACCUAGCCCUGCCACCGGGGAUGGAGAAACUGUCUCCAGAAGCAGAAGAGUUAGCCAUGAUAAGCAUCCAGGUAGCCUCCAAGUUCCUGUUCAGUGUGGGCCUGCACACUAAGAAAACACUGAGGGGUCCAGCCACAGAGUGGUACGAUGCACUCAGUAUACAUCUCCGCCAUAGCAAGAAUGUGCGCAGCUGGUUUGCCCACAAUGUACUCUUUGCACACCCGUCAAGAUUUGCUGAAUAUCUCCUAGAAUGCCCUAGCUCAGAGGUUCGUAAUGCAUUUGUGAAGAUUUUAGUGUUUGUGUCCCACUUCUCUCUACAAGAUGGCUCCACUCCACCUCCACUCAUACAGGGACUGUAUGAAAAAUUAAAGCAGCAUGGUCAUCAUGAAAGCACAGAGCAUAAAGAAAGGAAAAGCACAGAGACCAAAGAAAAAGAAGGAAAAUCAGGGAAGACAGCAGUGAAACAGAAGGAUACAGCAUCAGUUAAAAAGACUUUGAAAGUGGAGGAUAAAGUCUCUCAGAAGAGAAUAAAACCAGACAAGAUAUCACAGAGACUUAAAAAGGAAGAAAAGCAAAAGAGGCGAGAGAAGAGAAGAGAGGAGAGACUGAGAGUAAAGAAGGAAGCUCUGAAAGCCAAGGGCCGGAAAACGGACUAUGCAAAGUUUUUGAAGCGAAAGAAGCUUCUGAUUGGAGGAACCUUUCAGGCAAAAAGGAAGUUCCAAGACGUGCAGAAAAUGAGGAAGAAAAAGUUGAAAGAAGAGCAUCUUAAGAGACAGAAAAAAGAGAAAGUUGUCUCAUCAGAUGAAGAUAUUGAUUCAGAUGGCAACAAUGUUGAACCAAGUAGUUUAGAGCAGAACACUCCCCCUUUGUCUCCACAAUCUAGGAGAAUGAACAAUGCAAUCACUGCUAAGAAAAAGGCAAAGCAAGCAGUCACUCCCUCUCCCCCAACAAAGAACACACCGCCGGAGACGCCCAAAUAUCCUGAAGGUAGUACGCUGAAGCACAUGUUAAUGCAGUCGCAAAGUCUUGGAAUGGCCGAUAGCUUAUCUCUGCUGCCGUCUCCUGCUAAAUUCGCUUCUGCGUCUGCUUCCUCUGCUUCUUCUGCCAAGAAAUCUGGUACAGAAGACUGCUUAUUGAGGAUUAACUUACUCAGUGGUCAUCUAGUGGUCAACCAACAUUUUAUAGGUUUGUGCCCAGCCUUCUGUAUUCCAGUAAAAUAA